AUGUGGCAAGCAGAGGUUGUAACUGGAGUCCUGUGGCUACUGCUCGGCUGUACGCCGAAUCUGGCCUACACACCAAAUGAGGUACUGCAACGCAGCUAUGGAGAGAAGCGCUUCGAGACGCUCCUGCUGCUGCGGCACAGGCGCCAGCUGCAGUGCAGCCAAAUGGAGGAAGUGGCAGCUGCUGCCACGUGGCCCUUGCUGCGGCUCAACAGCGAUGCCAACUUCUAUUUGCAGCAGAGCCAAAACACAGAGAUGCUUGCACUGAUCUGCCUGACUGGUAGUGGGCAGCUGGAUGAGGAAAUGUGGCAGGCGCUGGCCAGCAACUUGAGCAACAUGAGGCAUAUUCGACUGCUGCUGCUGCUGCAGCGGGCAACGGAUCGACAGUUCCACGAUAUAGCCAACACGGCUCGCCAGCAACUGUUUCCACAUGUGGUGCUGCUGCUGCUGGAGUCGGGCAAAGCCUAUCAGCUGCAGCCGUAUGAAGACACGGAUUGGCUGCUGCUGCAAUCGAACAGCAGCCCGAUCUUCGCCAGGCAAUACAACUACCAUCAGCGCAUGGCUCGCACUCUGCCGGAGGAACAAGUGCCGUCCGCGCUGUCCUACACGGACUGGAGGACGGGCAAGACACGUCUGACUGGCACCAUGACCAUGAUGUUGAUGGAGUUCGCACGCGUCCACAACAUAUCGUUGCAGUGGGAGGAGCAGCUGAAGACCGUAGAACGCAUAUCCAUGAUUCUGUUGCGCAACAUGACGCUGAAUGGAACACUCGAUUUGCCCAUGACACUGUGCGGCUAUGAGCUGUCCACCGACGAGGGCGCCUUUACGUAUCCCUACGACAUUUCCGAGUGGUUCAUCAUCGUGCCCUGCGCUCAGGAGAUAGCUACGGCCAAGGUCUACCUAAUGGUGGUCAGUCGCAACAUGUUGAUCGUGCUCCUGGCCAGCUACUACAUCUUCGCCCUGCUGGACACCUGCUUUGGCUGGCUGCUGUUGGAUCGGCAAGUGGACUGGACAAAUCUGUACUUCAAUGAGCGCAUCAUCUCUGGCCUAAUCGGGCAGUCGAGCCGGCUGAAGGCCCACGAAAGGAACAGCUCUCGGCUAGCUCACGCUCAACUCUUUCUGCUGGGCCUCAUACUGAGCACGCUCGUCGCCGUCCACUUGAAGACGCUGCUCACCAAGCGACCCAUGGAACGAAUGGUCACCAAUUUCGUGGAGCUACGCGACUCUCAUCUCGAUAUUCACUUCACCGAGGACGAGCAUUUCUAUGUGAAUAUGAUGUCGAAUCUGACCCCCCUUCAUAUCGUUAAAUCAAAGAUCGUCUUCCUGGAGGCGAGGGAGUUUGAAAGGAUGCGCAAGAGCCUCAGCAAAUCGAAGGCAUUUUCUAUGACGGAAACCAUUUGGGAGUUUUACAAGCAACAACAGAAACUAUUCAAACGACCUGUGCUGUGCUACCAACCCGAUCUCGUCUUUCGCUCCAAAAUACUCGCUUCGAUGCCAUUGCCGGCGAACUCCAUCUACGCCGAGCCACUGCAUCAAUUCAUGAUUCAAGUCAAGGACACGGGCCUCGUCAUGUACUGGAGAGAGCAGUCGCUGCGCGACUUUAUGGCGCUGGACGAGAUCAGCCUCAAGGAUCCGUAUCCAUAUGAGCCCUUUCAUGACUUUAAGGUAAACGACUUGAUUUAUGUCUGGUUGGGCUGGGCAUCUGCUUUGCUGCUGGCAUUUGUCACUUUUCUAUUCGAGCUACUUAUUCAUCGGUUGACCAAGAAAUAG